AUGGCCAUCAUUGCUGUCGCUGGAGGCGCCGGAAAACUCGGCCGUGCGAUCGUUGAAGCGAUCGUUGAGCAGGGUCAGCAUACCGUGGUAGUCCUGGCUCGAGAGGCUAAGGAUGCACCAGGGGCCAAGGUUAUCGCCGUGGACUAUACCAACGCCGAUGAGCUUGCAGCCACUCUUGAGGUCAAUAACAUCGAGACUGUCAUAUCCACCAUCAACGCUAUGGACGACGUGUCGGCUGAGCUGAGCUUGAUCAAAGCAGCUGAAAAGUCAGCAUCUACCAAACGAUAUAUCCCUAGUAUUUGGGGCAUAAAAUACACCGAAGAGAUAGCAUCGUAUUUCCCCAUCGGCGGGGCCAAGCUUAAAGUUCUUGCUGCAUUGGAAGCAACCUCCAGCCUCAAAUAUACUGCCGUGUACAACGGCUACUUUGCUGACUACUGGGUACUCCCCAAGGUCAAGUCUUACCAAGCCCCUCUCGCUAUAGUAGUCGAUAUUGCGAACGAUUUUGCUGCUGUUCCUGGGACUGGUAACGAGCUUGUGGCUUUUACGCAUACCUUUGACAUCGCUCGCUUUGUCACGGCGCUUGUCGGGGCAUCUAAGUGGGACAAGGAGUCCUACAUCAUUGGGGACAAGGUGUCGUGGAAUCAGUUCGUGCAGUACGCUGAAGAAGCCAAGGGUGUCAAGUUCACGAUCACGCAUGACUCGAUCGAGGACCUCAAAGCUGGUAAAAUCACGGAACUGCCGUCUCACCCGCACAUGUACCCCUUCUUCCCCAAGCCUAUGCUGCAGGGCCUUUUGGCUGCUUUUGGCCGGAUGUUUGUUGAAGGAGUGUUUGACUUCAAGCCUGAGCGCACGCUCAAUGAGGAGUUCCCUGAGGUCAAGGCUCGAAAGAUCAAGGAUCUUCUCUUUGAGGCUUGGAGACAGUAG